CAACAAAAGUAACGUCGUUUGUCGUGUCCGAAACGAGAACGGUUUCUCACCUUCCUCAACUGAAACACCGACAGUAAUGAUUUCAACUUUCUCACUCGAUGAUUUCUCGUUCUCUAGAGAGAGAUGCGGAAAGUUCGUAAGAACGAAAUAAUUCUCAGUUCUGUUCAGUUCUUCGAGUUCAGCGGGUACGCGAAGAUAGGUACCUUCUUACGGGACUAUCUGGAGGUGUUCGCGAUCAGUGUCGUCACCAAUAUGGUACAAACUUUCGCGCCCGGAAGGACUCUGAUGGGUCCAGUUUGUGUAUUUCUGGUGGUGUGUUUUUGGAUUUACCCAUCCUCAGGACACGUGGCCUUGACUUAUCCCCCGGCUAGGAAGUACGAUUUGGAUUUUUUGGACAGUUCGAGGACAAAACCUCCUUGUGGAAUGCCCAGAGGUGAUAUCGGUACAACAAUCUUAGAAGGAAGUAAAUUGAAUGUAACGUGGCAUUUGGGAUAUCCACAUAAGGGAGGAUUUAAACUGCAGUUAUUAGAUUAUUUAGAACGACCAGUUUUAGAUUUAACUCCAACGAUACAGGGAUCCGAAUUCGUUUCGAAUGAUGCCACAGCCCAAUCGUUUGAAGUCCAGUUACCGACUGAAUUCACCUGCGACAAUUGUACUCUCAGGUUAAUUAGACAAGCUUUGGAAUGGGGAGCUGGCUACAAAUUUUGGUCUUGCGCUGACGUUGAUAUCAAACCAAGAAAGAAAUUCAGAGAAACUUGCAGUGGCCACGGAAAAAACUUGGUAGGUAGAUGUAAGUGCGACAGACUUUACUACGGUAAUCUAUGCCAGUUCAGAGACGAAUGUAUCGAAAACAGCGAUUGUGGUGACCACGGAAAGUGCAUAGAUAUUGACGCUACCACUGCCCCAAAGAAGCAAUGCUAUUGCCAGUUAGGAUGGUUCGGACCGGGUUGUAUCAAAAGAUCUCCGGUAAAAACGACGGAAAUCGACUUCGAUGUAUACACCGAAAAAAAGUUGAGCGAUACCUUCCGUCUAUAUUGGAGAAUCCUCAAAGAACACAAAGAGUUGGAAGCAGUUAUGGUCGUGAACGGUACCAGCUAUGCCGCUCUCGGUUGGCGGCCAAAAUCACUCAACAAGACUUGCAAAAACUUUCCCCAAAUAGGCCCUCAAAUAUCAGAUGAGGCCACAAUCGAUCCGAAAGGAGAACCCGCUUCAGAACCAGAACCCAAAGGGGAACCCGAACCAGAGCCCAAAGGGGACCCCGAACCAGAGCCCAAAGGGGAACCUGAACCAGCUUCCGAACCGGAACCGAACGGUGAACCUGAGCCAAAAAGUGAACCAGAACCUCAAAGUGAACCGGAACCGAAGACGGAACCGGAACCUACUUCUGAACCGUCUGCAGAACCGACCACGACCACCAUUCAAGACGGUCAAUACAGGAAGUCGUUGUAUUCCCGAAGGUCAGCGUCUCCCACUCCAUUGGUCCGAACUGCUCCUGCAUAUGAUGACGUGGUAGAGACGAGUGUAUCGUUUCAAGUUAGCAAAAAACAAGGUCGAAAUAAAAGAGACGCCCAAGAACCUGUCCCGGAACCAAACAGUGCAGAUCAAGAAACCAGGCCAGAACCUUCAGUGGAGCCAGAACCCAAAUCUGAACCAACUUCACUACCAGAACCUCAAUCACAACCAGAGCCUCAGUCAGAACCAGAACCACAAUCAGAACCAGAACCCACCUCAAUUCCAGCACCACAAUCUGAACCCGAACCUAAAUCUGAACCGACACCUUUAGUUUCUUCAAAAUUGCAAGCUGCACCAAAAGAAAGCAGUCAAGCUACAUCGGAAGACCUACAUCUCAACCCUUAUACGCCACGACACGAUUUCAGCCCUAUGGAUUGCACCGAUAUAAUCAUUGGAUCCGCUCGAGGUACUGCCAGCAGAAUUGCUGAUUACUACACCAGGGACAGAUCAACGCCUAGGAUGGACUCGUUUUGGGGUGGCAAGAAUGAUUUGACAGCAGCAAUGGGCUUCGAAAAGGACGGAGUUACUACCAUCCUAUUCAGAAAGAAACUUGAAGCAAAGGAACCAUCUGAUCAUACUAUCGAGGACGAUUUGAUGCACGUCAUUUUCGCUCAAGGACAAGAGGUGGGAAAAUAUAUUCACGUGCCCAAGUCUGGAGUUGAAUCUGCACAAGCCUCUAUCAAAGACUUCUAUAGACCGGAUGAGUUGAAAUACCAUGGACACAAGGCUCAAAGGGGAGUCGUCACUCUAAAUUUUUUUGGAGAGAAGAAGACAGAAGAAGCAACCGGGACAGUUGCCACUGGCAAUUCUGCAGAAAACUCAGAUUGCGGGGGAAUAUGGAAAGUGCCUAAAAAUUGCAAUCCGGACAACUUUACUUGCGAAUAUUCAGCUAAAUGGGAGCUAGUACCGCGAAAGGAUACUAUUAGAUUUACUAUUACUAACAAAUACACGGAUCUCUGGACAGGGAUAGCUUUUUCUGAUAACGAGAAAAUGUCGCAAACGGAUACCAUUAUAGGAUGGGUUGACAAGACAGGACGUCCAUUUUUAAUGGACUCCUGGUUGUCUGGAUAUACCCAACCACUACUAGACCAGACUCAGGACAUUUUCAACAUAACCGGAAAAAUAGUGGACGGUGUUACGACGCUUUCUUUCGCGAGGAAGAGGAUCACGAACGAUCCCAGAGAUUUCUCUUUCACCAACGAUCGAUGUCUCUUCAUGAUGUUCCCCACGAGGGGAGGAGCAUUCAAUGGCGUCAACAAGAAGAUAAGAAAGCAUGAAGUGGUUCCUACUAUUUCGACCGAGAGGAUUUGUAUCAGAUCGUGUGGAAAUGAUGACAGUUUGGAUGAGUACUUGACAACAACGGAAUCUCCAGGAAUGGGUUAUAAUAUCAAGGUUAAAUUAGUAGAUUUAGGAGAGAACUUCCAAGUACCAACGCAGGGUUCAUUACAAUAUGAAGAUCUAUCUAAUUCAAUUUUGAACAACUUCCAACCAGUUUUUAGAAAACUGCCCGGAUACAGACGAGUAGUUGUGGACACGAUCAGUCCGGAAAACAACGAAAUAAUAGCAACAAUGAAUUUACAAUUGGAAAGACCGAUCCAAGAGAAAGGUAGAUCACUGGCGGACGAUGCCAACGAAAUGGAGGACCGGGUUCACAAACUGGUGGAAGAAAGUGUGGGAACAGGCAAAGUUGGAAAUCUCAGAGUCGAUCCCCAAUAUUUAGUUUUUGAGGCCCAAAGUUUGACGUCCAACAUUAAUCUCGAAGCUCCAAGUACUCUUGAAGGCAGCUUUUUCAAUCUCUCCGAAGCCAAAUUGUACAUCGUGUUGGGAUGUAUCGCCGCCCUUGUCUUGGUAGCCAUUAUCCAAGCUAGCUGCACCAUCUACAAAGCCAGUUCCACAACUUCUUCUAAGCAUAAGGAGAACCUUAUCCCCAACUCUGCUUGGAAAGACUAUUCAGCAAAUACGAACUACGCUUUCGACGCAUUCGAAGCCGAAGAAAAGAAGCAAAUGAACGGCAAUAGUAAAGCUACUUCUCGAAAUGAUCACCGCGACCACCGCACCAACGAACUGGCAGCCUCAAAGGCCAACCCCCGAAAUCUGCAGCGACCGCAGACCAGACCACCCAACGUCCCCAGCCACCCACCCGUAACCAACCAGGGAGACAGCAGGUCUUUGCAGAGACCGAGGGGAGCCUACCCCUCUACCAACAUGGAGCGAGCGACAUUUUCUCUGCCAAGAACAGUCUACGACAAAAACCAUCGCAACAACGGACAAGACAUGCAACCCGAUUUCUACUUUAUGCCUUCGCAGAGGAAGUACUCGGGAGAAGUUGUUAGGGUGUACGUGGACUACAACAAUAAACCCAAGUGAAUUUUUGAAAGUUUAAAGAAACUAACAGACAGUACGGUCAUUGUUAGUAGGCUUGUACUGCUUAUGAAAUUGAGGUCUGCUGAGUUUGUUAUGGUACCUUCACUUUAUUGUGGAGGACAGCGCCUGAAAAUUUUGAGGGAAUCCAAGUGAAGCUUUUUUUUAAUCUGAUAUCAAAGGUGCAAAAACCUUUUCUUUAAUAUCUUUGGAAAUGUCCUCAUAAUGCUCGAAUGUUUCAUGCGAUAUUUUUGGAUUAUCUAAUAAUGGAUGUGAUUUUCAACAUUUAUAAUAAAGACAUCUGUUGAAAAAAAAAAACAGUGUUAAAAGUCUAUUUUCCCAUUAACCACUUGUUGCCCCCCUACAGACAACAACUCUCAAAAGUUGAAACUUGUGCUAAGGACUAACAUUUGAUUUUAGCUAUGACAGUUGCCAAAUUAUUUCAUUUCUUAUGCUAAUUAUCUGUGAAAUGUUGAUUUCCAUAAAAAAAACAGUGACUUUUUUGGAUAGAAUUUAAUAGUAAAUGUAGAUAAUUUCAUUGUACUACUGAUGUUUCAGGAAAUAUUGAGGAAUAAGGUUUUAUGUACAUUCGAUAUCAAAUUAAUAAGAUUUUAUAAAAAAUAUCACUUGGCUAAAAUUUAUCAGCAGAUGUUUAUAACAUGUUAUAGUCCAGGAAUAUUCUGUGUAGGAAAUACUUGUAAAUCAUAGCACUAUGAAGUAAUAAAAAUACUAUGAUACUACUGACUAUUUGGCAAUUGUCACAACAUAAAAUAUUUUGUGAAUUAUAGUAAACAAAAUUCGAAAAUCUGAUUUAUUGUUUGCUAUUGACCUUUGUUAAAAUCUAUCUAUUAAACGUGCAAUGAUUAAAAGUAUUAUCUAAAGUACUUCAGUUCAGUAUUUAAGAUACAUAAAAUAUAAUAAUUAUCUAGUCUCGGAAUUAUAUUUAUGCUUAUCCACUUAUCUAAACAUUCACAAGAUUAUGGUUGGUCAAUCCUAAUGAACGAAUUGCAAUUCUUAUAUUGACCAUUUAAAUAAUCACAAAAGAACUGGUAAAAGUCACAAAACGUAAUAGUCGUGAAUAUUUCGGAGGAAAGUUGUUGACGAUUUUGAAGAUUUUCAAAAAACAAUCAACUACUCUAAAAUAUAGAUAUUAUUAGUAACUAAGUCGAAUCAGUCAACUAAACUACAAAAUAGGAAACCAAAUAACAUAUUAUUAGCAUUGUAUAUAACACUAAAUUUUAUAUAAUACUGUUUUUGUGAGAUUAUAUUUUCCAGAUUGUAUAUAGACAUACUAGUAUAUUUUAACAUGUAUAUUGAUAAUUGUUUUUUUUAUUUUAAUAAAAUUAUUAAGUACUGUA